UUAUCGCCAGCGUGGAUAACGUCAACGUAGUGUUAUAUGUCAUUCUAACUUCUUAGAAAAAAAACCACCCGUUCUAUCCAUUAUUAUUCAUUAAGAAAAUGGAUUCUUUACAAGUGAAGACGGCCACGAGAUUAUUAUUAACACUUUUAUUAUUGGCGCUAACAUUCAAUCUUGCUGUAACAGAUUAUGUAGAAUAUGAAUUUGUAAAUAGUCCUUUAAGUCAUAGUUUUGUAAGACCAGAAUUUGACUUGUUAAAACAUGAUAGACUCCGCCGAGACACGGGUGUUAAUAAUGCAAGUGCCAUAGCUACAAAUAUGACUCCAACUGUUACUAUAAGUGCAACCAAUGUGACCGAUACAAAAGAGAUGACUCCGCAAUUGAAUAAACCGCUGGUUACCAGCAAUUCAACCAGUGAAGUAAAUAAACCAAAUGUAACGACGGUUGUUACUCAAACUCCGUUAUUGCCACCAAGUAUUGCUAACGUUACUACGGCUGGUAAUACGCCUAAAGUAAGCGACCCUAUUACAGCUGAUGACGAUUUUAGCGACCUGUUUAAUGAUACGUUGCAAUCGAUCAAGGCUAAGGAAAAUAUAUCAAACGUAACAGAAGAUCAUCACGUUUUCUACAAUAGCACGUUUUUGGGCAAGGAGUCGUUCAAAGAUUUUUGGGAAAACAUAACGCUACAGAAGGCGGAAGUUCACGAUGUCCUCAGUAAUUCACAUCGCCGUGCUACUACGAUAAAACUGAGUUUUGACUUUCCGUUCUACGGUCACCCAGUGAAGAAUAUAACUGUAGCGACCGGGGGUUUUAUUUACAUCGGUGACCACGUGCACAAUUGGCUUGCCGCCACACAAUACAUAGCCCCACUUAUGGCCAAUUUCGACACGACGCUGGGCAACGACAGCUUCGUCAAACAAUAUGAUGAUGGUGAAAAAUUUGCGGUAUUUUGGGAAAAUGUGACACUGCAAGAGAAUGCGACGCAAAAGUUUACGUUCGCAGCGAUAUUGUAUAAAAACGGUGACAUAGUGUUCGCAUACAAGGACAUACCUAUAGCGGUGCAAGCCAUCAACGACAGCGAGCAUCCCGUCAAAGUGGGAAUAAGUGAUGCUUAUCUGGCUGAUAAAAGCUUUUUGCAUCUAAGACGCAAGACAAUCUACGAGUACCACCGCGUGUCGUUCAAGAACUACGAGAUCACGAGCGACACCAUGUUGAAACUCACGGCGCUACCAACCUGCCUGCAAUACGACACUUGUGAGGGAUGCGUCAAUCACGAUACCAGCUUUAACUGCUCUUGGUGCAGCACAUUACAGAAGUGCUCGAGUGGAACUGACAAAUACAAGCAAGAAUGGAUAAUGAAAAAUUGCGAAAGGACGGCUAUAUCUCAAGAAAGUUCAUGUCCCGCGGCCCACGAGGCCACCCCUUCAGACACAGUCAAUACUGCCUACACCACAGUCACUGAUGCCGACAGCCAUAACGCACAGGAAGUGAGUAGAACCAAAAUGAACGGCGAGGCCGGCACUGACAAGCCGCACUCGGCGAUCGGCGGCGUGGUGGCAGCGUUCGCGGUGCUCACGGCGGUGUGCAGCGCGGCCGCGUGGGUGCUGUACGCGUUCAAGAACCCGCACACGAGGAGCGGCCAGCUUCUCAUCAGAUAUCGACCAUCACAAUGGACGUGGCGACGCGGGGAAGCCCGAUACACGGCGGCUACCAUCCACAUGUAGAGUGUAGUAGUAGGGUUGUGUGCGCUACUCAUUUGAUUACAGUGGGUUUGCUCAUUGGCAACUGUCGUGCUUCAACUGCCAACACCAUCACCGGUUCAGUUGCUAUACUUCGAUAUUUGAAAUCCGUCAUUUUGAAAUUACCCGCCAUUUUGAAUAUAACGGUACGGUGGAACUUCCGCUCUUGUCAGACUGCACAAUGUACUUAUGUUUUCUAGUGUAUAAUUUCAGAUCAAUUGGAUAUUUUUUUUUUCAUGUUAUUAUAACAAUAUUAUUAUGCACUAAUUAAUUUUCAUUAUAAGCAAUUGUAUUUCAUUUUUCAAUGAUUUUCAGAAUAAGUAAUCAGCUGAUUAUUAUUUUAUUUUUUUUAUUAUGCUCAUUUAACUUCCAUGACUUGAAUUAUUCUACUAUACUUUAACCAUCAAUGUUUAAUUUUAUAUAUAAAAAAACAUUCCAUAAAAAAUUGAUACUUUUCUAUCAUUUAUUAUUUCAUAUAUUAUCUGAAAUUAUGUACAAAAUAGUACGCAUUAAAUCGGUGUUAGGCCUUUAUCACACAUAAGAGUAUAACAACUUAUUAAACCAAGAAUACAACAGAACUCGGAUUAUCAUAGAUAUCAGUAGAUUUAGUAGUAUAAAUAAAUUUUCAUAUGAUUGGUAUGUGUACUUACCCGUAAAUAAAUUAAUACUGGGGUCCCUUAUACUGUUUCCUAAUAGUGCCUUAUCUUGUAUUAAGCCGUAUUCCAGAAAUAGUAACAACGGGCCGGUGAUACUAUAUUAGUGUAAAUCAUCGACCACACAACCACUAGACGCCUAAUAACAGACGAACUGAUUCUGUCAACGCAUGUGUCUAGUAGGACUUAUAACCGCUGCCAUACGAAACGCAACUAUCGUCUAUCAGUUUCGGCCAGUUCCGUGAUCUGUUAACACGUCCGAAAAAAACCUUUAAAAAAAGAAAUAAUGGCUCCUUGUAGUAUUAAAUGGUGUGGUAAAACUAACGAAUGACGUUGCAUAAUAUAGUUAUCUAUACAUAUAAUAAAUCUGUAGAAGGAUCAAUUCUGUACAUUGAAAAUAUUGAAAAAAUAAAUAGCAGGGGGUGUUACUGGAUCGAUACCAAGCCCAAAUAUGUGAUUA